AUGAAAGAUUCAAUAAAAAGCAUUGUAAAUAACUCAAGAACAGGAGAUGAUAGAUUCUUAGAAAUCAUCGAUUAGGCUUUUAACCCUAUCAGGUGUGAUUAAAAGGAAUUAAAUUUUUUAGUAAAUUUUCUCGAGGGAAAUAAUUUUAAUAAAUGGAUAGCAUAAAAACAGAAGGUUUCUUCUGAACUCAAAAAUUUAGAAGAAGAUUUGGAAAUUUAAAUAUAGAAAAUCUACACGAUCUGUCAUUUGUUUGAUUAAUUAAAUACUCAUUUGCAAUAUUAUAUUACAGAUCUUAGUUCUAAUGAAGGAGAGGAAAAAGUUAGCGUUUUUUAAUUUCAAGGAUUCUCAAAGUUCAAAGACUAAUUAAUACCAAAAGAUUUUAUUCUCAUAAGAGAUAUAAAUGGAAAUAGAACUUACAAAUAGAAUGAAUAGAUACUUAGAUAGUAACAUAAUUAUCAUAUAACAUAGAGAGAAUAAAAUAUCAGGAUAGAAAAAUGAAAAAAUAUUAAAUAAUUUUGAAUAAAUGAAAUAUUUAGAUUUCAAAGGUCAAUAUGGAAUUAAUGGAUACAAAAUAAAAUAAUGGAACUAUUUUUGGAAAGAAAAAAAUGUUGGAGGCGGAUUAUACAAUAUAUACGGAUAAAAAGUUGGAAGUUGGAUAGAUUUAUGUGAAAAUUAUUGGGAGUAAUUUUAUAAAAUAAACUUAAAGUGAAAAUAAAGUGUAUGAAGAAGGAUAAUAUGAAAAAAAUAAAAGAUUUGGUAAUUGGAUAUACAAAUGGAAUAAUAUAAAAAUGUAAUAAAUUAAAUAUAAAUUAGUGGAGGAGGAUAAUAUGAUGAGAAUGGAGAAGGAACUAAAAUUGGUUACUGGAUCGAUUUAAGUGAGAAUUUUUCUCGUAGUCAUUAAGUCAUUUAUAACGGAAAAUAUAAAGAUGGUAAAAAAGUUGGCAUUUGGGAAAUUAAGUUUAAGUAGAGUUAGUGGAAAGAAUUUAAAUAAAUGUAUAAUAGUAUAAAAAAUUGUGGUGUAGUGGUGGUGGAUAAUAUGAUAAUGAAAACGGCGAUAUAAAAGUAGGUAAAUGGAUUGAAUUGAGUGAAAAUUUCAAACAGGAUGACCAAAUUGUAAUUUGUGGGGAAAAUUAAAAUGGCAAAAAAUUUGGGAGAUGGGAUAUUUUGUCUAAGUAAAACGAUUGGAAGGAAUUUUAUUAAAUGUAAAAGAUAAUAAAUACAGUUGUAGUGGAGGAGGUUCAUAUGAUAACGGAAAUGAGGAAAAAAAAUUUGGUAAAUGGAUAGAAUUAAAUGAAAAUUUCAAACAGGAUAACUAAAUUGUUAUUUGUGGGGAAUACUAAAAUGGCAAAAAAUUUGGGAGAUGGGAUAUUUUGUCUAGGUAAAUAGGUUUAUAGGAAUUUUAUUAAAUGUAAAAGCUAAUCAAUAAUAUUUCUUAAGUGCUGGGGGAUUAUAUGAUACCGAAAAUGGUGAUAUAAAAGUAGGUAAAUGGGUAGAAUUGAGUGAAAAUUUUAAAAAAGAUUGCUAAGUCAUUUUGUGUGGUGAAUAUAUAAAUGGACUCAAAGCUGGUAGAUGGGAUAUAAAAUAUAAAUAAGAUUAAAGGAAAGAAUUUAAAAUAAUGUAAAUUAUUAACAAAUCAUACCUUUUUAGUGGAGGAGGAUCAUAUGGUAAUGAAAUUGGUGAAAUCAAGUAAGGCGCAUGGAUAGAAUUAAAUGAUAGUUUUAAAAAUGAUUCCUAAGUCAUAUUGUGCGGUGAAUAUGUAAAUGGACUCAAAGCUGGUAGAUGGGACAUUAAGUAUAAAUAAGAUUAAUGGAAAGAAUUUAAAUUAAUGUAAAAUUAUUAAUAAAUCAUACCUUUAUAGUGGAGGAGGAUCAUAUGAUAAUGAAAUUGGUGGCAUCAAGUAGGGUGCAUGGAUAGAAUUAAAUGAUAGAUUUAAAAACAAUUCCUAAGUCAUAUUGUGCGGUGAAUAUGUAAAUGGACUCAAAUCUGGUUAAUGGGAUAUUAAAUAUAAAUAAGAUUAGUGGAAAGAAUUUUAAUUAAUGUAUAAUUAUUAAUACAUCAUGCCUUUUAGUGGUGGAGGAUAAUACGAGAAUGAAAUUGAUGAAAUCAAGAAAGGUGCAUGGAUAGAAUUAAAUGAUAGUUUUAAAAACAAUUCCUAAAUCAUAUUUUGUGGUGAAUAUGUAAAUGGACUCAAAGCUGGUAGAUGGGAUAUUAAGUUGAAAUAAGAUUAAUGGAAAGAAUUUAAAUUUAUGUAAAUUAUUAAUAAAUUAUAUCUAUUUAGUGGUGGAGGGUCAUACGAUUAUGGAAUUGGCGAAAUCAAAUAAGGCGCAUGGAUAGAAUUAAAUGAUAGUUUUAAAAACAAUUCCUAAGUCAUUUUGUGUGGUGAAUAUGUAAAUGGAAUCAAAGCUGGUAGAUGGGAUAUUAAGUAUAAAUAAGAUUAAUGGAAGGAAUUUUAAAUUAUGUAAAUUAUUAAUAAAUCAUGCCUUUUUAGUGGUGGAGGAUCAUAUGGUAAUGAAAUUGGUGGCAUCAAGUAAGGCGCAUGGAUAGAAUUAAAUGAUAGUUUUAAAAAUGAUUCCUAAGUCAUAUUGUGCGGUGAAUAUGUAAAUGGACUCAAAUCUGGUAGAUGGGAUAUUAAGUAUAAAUAAGAUUAAUGGAAAGAAUUUUAAUUAAUGUAUAAUUAUUAAUUAAUCAUACCUUUUUAGUGGUGGUGGACCAUAUGAUAAUGAUAUUGGUGGCAUCAAGUAGGGUGCAUGGAUAGAAUUAAGUAAUAGUUUUAAAAAUGAUUCCUAAAUCAUUUUGGAUGGCAAAUAUUUCAAUGGUCAAAAAGUUGGGAUAUGGGAUAUAAAGUAUAAGUAAGGUUAAUGGAAGGAAUUUUAAAUAAUGUAUAAUAUCAACAUUAUCUAUUUCAUAGUGGUGGCGGAAUAUAUGAUUAUGAAAUUGGAAUAAAAGUAGGUAAAUGAAUUGAAUUGAGUAAAAAAUUUAAUCAGACUUCCUUCAUCUUUUUUAGUGGUGAAUAUGUGAAUGGACUUAAAUCUGGCAAAUGGGAUACUCAAUAUAAGCAGAAUUUAUGGAAAAAAUUGAAAUUAAUGUAACAUUUUUUAAAUAUGAUUGUUGAAGUGGUGGUGGAUUAUAUGAAAGUGAGGUAUGCUAAGUAAAAAUUGGUAAUUGGAUAGAAUUGAACGAGAGAUUUUAAUGGAAUUCUUAAAUUAUUUAUAAAGGCAACUAUGAAAAUGGAUAAAAAGUUGGUAGAUGGGAAAUUAAAUAUAAAUAAACUAACGAAUAAGAAUUUGAAACAAUGUUAAACUUAAAUACUAUCUUUUUUAGCGGUGGUGGAUCAUAUGAAGAUGGCUUUGAUAAAGUAAAGAUAGGCAAUUGGAUUGAACUGAGUGAAAGAUUUAAAUUGAAUUCCUAAAUCAUUUAUAAUGGCAACUAUUAAAAUGGAUAAAAAGUAGGUAGAUGGGAUAUUAAGUAUAAAUAACUUGAAUCGAAAUAAUUUGAAAUAAUGUUAAAAUAUAUUUAUAUUUAUUUAGUGGUGGUGGAUCAUAUGAUUUAAGCCUUGAUAACGUCAAGAUAGGUAAUUGGGUUGAACUGAGUGAAAGAUUUAAAUGGAAUUCUUAAAUUAUUUAUAAUGGCAACUAUUAAAAUGGAUAAAAAGCUGGUAAAUGGGAUAUUAUGUAUAAAUACCCUUAAUCAUAAUACUUUGAAGAAAUGUUAAAUUAUAUUUCUAUCUAUUUUUAGCGGAGGUGGAUCAUAUGAAGAAAACUUUGAUAAAGUUAAGAAAGGUAAUUGGAUUGAACUGAGUGAAAGAUUUAAAUGGAAUUCUUAAAUCAUUUAUAAUGGCAACUAUUAAAAUGGAUAAAAAGUAGGUAAAUGGGAAAUUAAGUAUUAAUAACCUGAAUCGAAAUAAUUUGAAUUAAUGUUAAAAUAUAUUUCUAUCUAUUAAGUGGUGGUGGAUCAUAUGAUUUAAACCUUGAUAAAGUCAAGAUAGGUAAUUGGGUUGAACUGAGUGAAAGAUUUAAAUGGAAUUCUUAAAUCAUUUAUAAUGGCAACUAUUAAAACGGAUAAAAAGUUGGUAAAUGGGAAAUUUAGUAUAAAUAAACUGACGAAAAAGAAUUUGAAACAAUGUUAAACUUUAAUAAUAUCAUUUUUAGUGGUGGUGGAUCAUAUGAAGAAGGCUUUGAUCAAGUUAAGAUAGGCAAUUGGAUUGAACUGAGUGAAAGAUUUAAAUGGAAUUCUUAAAUCAUUUAUAAUGGCAACUAUUAAAAUGGAUAAAAGUAGGUAAAUGGAAAAUUAAAUAUAAAUAAACUGACGAAAAAGAAUUUGAAACAAUGUUAAACUUUAAUACUAUCAUUUUUAGUGGUGGUGGAUCAUAUGAAGAAGGCUUUGAUCAAGUAAAGAUAGGCAAUUGGAUUGAACUGAGUGAAAGAUUUAAACAUAAUUCUUAAAUUAUUUAUAAUGGCAACUUUUAAAAUGGAUUAAAGGUUGGUAAAUGGGAAAUUAAAUAUAAAAGUCCGUAUGAAAUACAAUUCUCUUAAAUGUUAAAAUUUAAUAUUAUAUUUAGUGGAGGUGGGUAUUAUGAUGAUUAAAUUAAUGAAAUAAAGAUUGGAAAUUGGAUAGAGCUAAGUGAUAGAUUUAAAUGGAAUUUCUAAAUAAUUUAUGAUGGCAAUUAUUAAUAAGGAUAAAAAGUUGGCAAAUGGGAAAUUAAGUAUAAAAAUCCUUAUGAAAUAUACUUCUAAUCUAUGUUAAAAUUUAAUACUAUAUUUAGCGGCGGUGGAUAAUAUGAUAACUAAAUGGAGCAAAUAAAGAUAGGGAAUUGGGUAGAGAUAAACGAAAGGUUUAUUUGCAAUCCCUAAAUUAUUUAUAAUGGACAAUAUAAAGAUGGUUUAAAUAUUGGUUAAUGGGAUAUUUUCUACAAAAAAAGCGAUUAGAAAAAAUUAUAAGACACUAAAAACGGUUAUUGGAUUGAGAUAAAAAGUAAAUUUUAGAAGGAUGCUUGGAUUUCCUAUUCGGGUGGAUAUUUAAAAGGUAAAAAACAUGGGAAAUGGAAGACAUCUUAUAAUAAUUAUAAUGAAAACUAAUCUGUAACCUUAUAUACAUAAAAUUGCAAUCAUAAUAAUGGUUUCGAAUAAUAUGAUGUAGAAAAAUUAAGUAUUGAAUUUCAAUUUUGUAUUGAAUUGUAAGAUAUUGUUAAAAACAAUUCUAAAUACAUUAUUGAGGGCGAGUAUAUGGGAGGUAAAAAAGUUGGACUUUGGAAUAUUUAUGAUUGGAAUAAAAAAAUGUAUAUUUUCAUCAAUAUUUACUCUAAAAGUGGAGGAGGGCUAUAUAAUCAAGCAGGAAAUAACCGUAAAAUAGGAAAUUGGAUUGAGUUAAGUGAAGGGUUUAAAUCUGAUUAUCAAGUUACUUACUAGGGUGAGUAUUUGGAUGGUUAUAAAGUUGGACAAUGGAAUAUUUAUGCCUGUAAUAAAAAAAUGUAAAAUUUUAAUCAAAUUUUUACUCUAAAAGUGGAGGAGGAUUAUAUAGCGAAAUAGGCAACAACCGUAAAAUAGGAAGAUGGAUUGAGCUAGGUGAAGGGUUUAGAUCUGAUUGCCAAGUUACUUAUUAGGGUGAGUAUUUGAAUGGUUAUAAAGUUGGACAAUGGAAUAUUUAUGCCUGGGAUAAAAAAAUGUAUAUUUUCAUCAAUAUUUACUCUAAAAGUGGAGGAGGGCUAUAUAAUCAAGCAGGAAAUAACCGUAAAAUAGGAAAUUGGAUUGAGUUAAGUGAAGGGUUUAAAUCUGAUUACCAAGUUAUUUAUUAGGGUGAGUAUUUGAAUGGUUAUAAAGUUGGACAAUGGAAUAUUUAUGCUUGGAAUAAAAAAAUGUAAAUUUUCAUCAAUAAUUACCCUAAAAGCGAAGGAGGAUUGUAUAAUCAAGCAGGCAACAACCGAAAAAUAGGAAAAUGGAUAGAGCUAGGUGAAGGGUUUAAAUUUGAUUAUCAAGUAACUUAUAAGGGGGAGUAUUUGGAUGGUUAUAAAGUUGGACAAUGGAAUAUUUAUGCCUGGGAUAAAAAAAUGUAUAUUUUCAUCACUAUAUACUCUUAAAGUGGAGGAGGAUUAUAUAAUCAAGCAGGCAACAACCAUAAAAUAGGAGAAUGGGUUGAGCUAAGGGAAGGGUUUGCAUUUGAUUCUCAAAUCGUUCAUAAGGGUGUGUAUUUGAAUGGUUAUAAAGUUGGAUAAUGGAAUAUUUAUGCUUGGGAUAAAAAAAUGUAAAAUUUUAAUUAAAUUUUACUCAAAAAGUGGAGGAGGAUUAUAUUGCGAAAUAGGCAACAACCUUAAAACAGCAAUAUGGAUUGAGUUAAGUUAAAGAUUUACUUUAAAUUCUAAAGUAACUUAUCAAGGUAAAUAUAAAGAAGGAAAAAAAGUUGGGAAAUGGAACAUUGCAUGCGAAUAAAAAGAGAUGUUAAAAUUAAUAUAAUAAUUUUAGUGGUGGUGGAUCAUAUGAUGAAAAUGAUGGUUAGGUUAAGGUUGGAAACUGGAUUGAAUUAGAUGAAUUCUCUCAAAAUAAUUUUUAAAUUCUAUUCCAUGGUGAAUACAAAAGAGGCAAAAAAGUUGGCAGAUGGAUUACAUCCUUAUAAUAGACAGACUAAAUUGAAGAUAUGUAAUAUAUAUUGUUGAUAAUAUAAAAAUAAUUAUAGAGGUGGUGGAAGUUAUGAUAAAGAUGAUUCUAUUAAAAUUGGAACAUGGAUUGAAUUGAUUAAUGAAUUUACUUUCAAUUCCUAAGUCAUUUAUAGAGGUGAUUAUUAAAAUGGGAAAAAAGUUGGUAAAUGGGACAUCAAAUUCAAGAAUGUGUAUGAAUACUCUAAAUAUGAAACUAUGUAAAUUGUUAUAAUUAUAAUAUUUUAGUGGUGGUGGAUCAUAUUAAAAACCUUCAAUUAAGAUAGGUAAAUGGAUUGAAUUAAGCAAUGAAUUUUCAAUUUUUAAUUAAAUAACCUAUUAUGGCAAUUAUAAAAAUGAUAAAAAGGUUGGCAAAUGGGUUGAAAAGGAUAUCUCAGAAAAUACCAUUAAAGAAGAAAUCAAUUAUGAAAUUUGA